AUGGGGGCCCCCCGGAGGGUCCUUUUUCUUUGUUUUCUAGUCCAAAUAGCCCUAAAAGGGGCCCUCGGGGCCUUUGCCCAGUCAAGGGGGCCCCCUUUGCAGGAGCCCGCGGCGGGCCUGAGAUGCCUCUCGUUCCUCCGCAGGUCAGCCACGGGGGGGGCCCCCCUCCUAUUCAGGGCAGGCCUCAGGGGCCCCCUUGGGUGGGUGGGGGGCCCCCUGGGGGCCCCCCGCCCACCUCUCAAGGCCCUUGAGCUUCCUUGGGGGGCAGCAGGGGCCCCUGGGGGCCCCCCCUUUCCGGAGGGCCUGGGGGCCCCGGGCAGUGGGGGCCCUGGGGGUCUGCGGGGCCCUCCAGGGGGCAUUCAAGGGGAGCAGCAGUCCAUAGAUUCCGUUAAUAGGGGCCCCUAUUCCUUUUCCUGGGGGCCCCACAGGCAGCUCAGGGGCCCCAGGGGCCCCCCCAAGGAGCGUCUUGUAGAGGCGGGGGGCCCCCAGGCCCCCACCGCCUACAGGGGCCCGGGGCCCCUGGGGGGCCCCUCAUCAGGGGCAAAGCCCUGCAGCAGACAAGUCUCACUCAAGAGUCCUCUGCGAGAAUCCUCAGCAGCAGCAGCAGCAGCAGCAGCAGCAGCAGCAGCCCCCCCAGGGCCCUGGGGGGCCCUCUUGAGCCCCACAGGACCUUCCGCCGCCCCGCCACCCGCAGCAGCAGCAGCAACAGCAGCAGCAGCAGCAGGCAGCGCAGCAGCUGCGGCGAAAGCAGCAAGAAGCAGUGCAGCAGCGCGGCCCUUGCUGCCGCCGCGCGCCAGGGGGGGGGGGCCCCCUUGGGGGCCCCCCAAGGGUUUGAAAGAGGGCCUCGAGGUCAAUGCUGCAUGCAUUCGAGUGUGGGGUCGCUACGCGCUGCUGCGGCUGCUGCCAGAAGGCUGCAGGCCCUUAGAGGGGCCCGGGGGGCCCCCGGGGGCCCCCCGGGGGGCCCCCCGGGGGGCCCCACAAGAAGCUCUUGGGUUUCUUCAUGUGUCUGAGCUAAGGAGGGAAGGGAGGCCCUUAACUGCUGCUGAACUUCGGACCAUUGACCUCACUGCAAUCUUGUCAGUGGGGGCCAUUUGCAAAGUGCUGCUUUUGAAGGCCCCCACUGCAGCCACUUUCCACAGGUGGCAGCUUUCCCUGGCUUUGCCAGCAGCCGAGGGGGCCCCCCAGGGGCCCCUACUGAAAAGCCCCCAGAUGGCUUCUCAACCUGCUGCUGCUGCUGCUGCUGCUGCUGCUGCUGCUGCUGCUGCUGCUGCCCCCGCAGCAGGAGGGGCCCUCGACUCUGUGUCCCUGGAGCCGCCUGGCAUGGGCGACGCUGCGCUGGCGCUGCCGGAGGCAGCUGAGGGGGCCCCUGAGGAGGGGCCCCUGCUGGUGGAUGUUGGGGAGGCGGGCCUGGAGGGGCCCCCCGGGGGCCCCCUGGGGGCCCCCAGCAGCAGCAGCAGACGCCGCAGCAGCUCCUUCUCAAGAGCAGCAAAGGGGGGGGGGCCCCCAGAGAAAGGCGGGGGGCCCCGCGGCCGCAGGCCUGGGGGCAGCCGCAGGGCCUCGAGAGAAAGAGAAACAAAAUCUGAAUUAAUUGCAACAAAUGAAGAAGCAGAAGAAGAGGCCCUCUUAGAAGCUGCUGGAGUCUUCCGCAGCAAAGGCAGCAGCGGAAGUCCCGAACUCCCCAAGCAGCCUGCAGCAGCAGAGGCAGCAGCAGCAGCUGCUGCUGCAACAGAGCUAGCAGCAUCAUCAGAUGCAGCAGCAGCAACAGAGCUACAAGCACCAGCAGACGCGGCACCAGCAACAGAGCUACCAGCAGCAGCAGCAGCAACAGAGCUACCAGCAGCAGCAGCAGCAACAGAGCUACAAGCACCAGCAGAAGCAGCAGCAGCAACAGAGCUAGCAGAGCUGGCAGGAGCAGCAGCACCAGCAGGUGCAGCGGCACCAGCAGGCGCAGCAUCACCAGCAGCAGCAGCAGCAGCAGCGCCAGAAGGAGCAACAGCAGCACCAGUACCAUCACCAUUAGGAGCAGCAGAAGUCGGAGAAGCAGCAGGAACAGCAGCGCCAGCAGCAGCAGCAAGAUUUGGAGAAGCAGCAGGAGCAGCAGAAGAAGCAGCAGCAUCCCAGUCAGAGGCAAAUGGGGCCCCGUUGCUGCAGGCAAAGGGAACAGGAAAGCGGCGAGGGCCCUCCACCAGCCGCGGGGGCCCCCUUGCUGCUUCGCUGCAGCAGCAGCAGCAGCAGCAGCAGCAGCAGCAGCAGCAGCAGGAGCCCCGGCCAGCAGUAGUGGCAGUGCUUGGGCAUGUAGACCAUGGCAAGACGACGCUGCUGGCCGCCCUGAAGCUCAUGGGCCAGGGCAGGGGCCCCUUUGCCCCAUCCAGCAAAGACAAGGGCCCCCGGGGGGCCCCCAGGGGGGCCCCCGGGGGGGCCCCCAGGGGGGCCCCCGGGGGGGCCCCCAGGGGGGGCCCCCUGGUGAAGGAAGCUGGCGGGAUCACGCAGCGCAUCGGGUGCUUUGAGGUGCCGCUGCCGGAGUCCGUGUCUGCGUCUGCGCCUUACGUCACUUUUCUGGACACUCCUGGCCACGCAGCUUUUUCUUGCAUGCGUUUUCGCGCUGCGCAAGCAGCAGAUCUCGUGCUGCUGGCAGUAGCAGCAAACGAGGGGCUGCAGCAGGAAACGAAAACCUGCAUAGAGGCGUGCAAGGAGUUGAAAAACCCCCUUGUUGUUGUCAUCACCAAGACUGACUUGGUGGAGAACCCUUUGGGGGGCCCCCCUGGGGUUCCCUCGGGGGGCCCCCCGGGGGCCCCCGGGGGCCCCCUGGUGGGCAGCGACUUCGUAGAUUGCCCAGCAGGCGCAAAGGUCCUCGCAGAGCUUGCUGCUGCUGGCCUGCUGACGGAGCCCUUGGGGGGCCCCGUGCAGGUGGCAGCAGUGAGUGCCAGGGGCUUUUUGGAGGCCCAAAUGGGGGCCCCUGGGGCCGAUUUUUCCGGGAAAAAGACCCAAUUGGAAAAGAAAAAGCAGCAGCAAACUGACAGAUUUGGAAUGCUGCAUCUUUUGGAGUGCUUAGCGCUGCAGGCCGAGGAAAUGGACCUCCAGGCCGCCCCAGAGGGCCCCGCCAGGGGCCUCGUCUUAGAAACAAACUGCAGCGCCAGCAACGGGGGCAGCGCCUCUCUGCUAAUAAAACAGGGCACAAUCAAGGUUGGCGACUGGCUGGCAGCGGGGCCCUCGCUGUGCCGGGUGCGGCGGCUGGGCUGCGCAGCAGGGCUGGGGGGGGGCCCCCAGCAGCAGGGGGGGCCCCCACCCCGGCUGAGUGGCUUUGGAGUUUCCAAAGUUGUUGAAGUUUUUGGAUUUGCUGCUGAGGAUUUGCCGCCGCUGGGAGUCGAAGCUGCUGUCAUGCCUUCAGAGGCGACGGCCAAGAAGCACCGAGAGAGGCUGUUGAACGAACAGGCGGCUACUGCAGCAGAAGCAGCAGCAGCAGAGGCACGAGAGCGCGCGUUUGCUCGGCUGCACGGACAGCUGCGAGAGCACACUAUUUUGCCAGUCACUGUGCGUGCGGGGGCCCAGGGCCCCGCAGCAGCAGUUGCUGCUGCAGUUGACGGGCUUGCUGCUGAGCUGGACCCUCUUUCGGGCACGUGGCUCCUGUGCUCCCCUGGGGGCCCCCCGGGGCCCCCAGGGUCUCGUCCAGGGGCCCCCCUGGGGGCCCCCCCAGGGGCCCCCGAAGAGGGGACCCGGGAAACCCCCCCAGAGGGGCCCCCAAGGGGGGCCCCUGGGGAGGCUGCGGAGGGCCCCGGAGGUGUACAGACACCGCAAGAAAGGCCACAAAGACUCGUGAAAGUGCUGAAAGCUUCUGCUGGCGAAUGCCAUUUGCAAGAUGUGCAGCAGUGCAGAGACGAAGACGGAAGGGGGGGCUUGUUGGUGGCCUUCGACACCAAAUGCAGCCGGGAAGCCAAGGCAAGCACAUGCGCUUUCUGCCCUUUUAGCAGCAGCAGCAGCAGCAGCAGCUGUGCUGCGCAUGCACCUUCUGUCCUUUUAGCAGCAGCAGCAGCAGCUGUGCUGCACAUGCACCUUCUGUCCUUUUAG